CGACAGCCUUCGCCAUAACACACCGAAUGUGUAGCAGGAAUAGACCAGGCCGAAUUUACUCGUGUCAGAAAUGUAUCGACCGCGACCCGCCGUAAACCAGGAUGGCGAUUCCACCCCGGUAUCCAAAACCCAACGCACAGGCUCAUCCUUGAACUCCGUCGACCGUCUCUCGAAGCCAUUCAAGUGUCCGGGCUCAGCCACACCAACGCGAGCGUCCGAUAAGCCAGCGAGGAAGCGAAGAAAGGUAAACUACGCAGGGGCCGAUGGAAGUAUUGAUGAUGGGAGUGUGAAGCCAUACACGAACGAGGAGAGACUAGCGCUCGCGACAAGGGAUGUUAACAGGUUUCCUGUUUUCAAAGCCAAGGAUAAAGAUGUGGCAUUUAGACAGAGGUUCAGGGUUCCUCUCAUAAACAAGUCCGCAGACUCAUAUGAUCCCUCGCGGCCAGCACCCACAUUGGGAAUGAGGCAGGGCGUGAGCUUCGUCGUAAAGCCAUUGCACGACCCGAGCGGAGAGUUUGCGAUUGUUCUCUAUGAUCCAACCGUCGAUGACGUUGAUAAUUCUGAGCCCAAGGAGCAGGAAAAUAAGGCCGAAGAUACGAGUACAAAGCUGGAUGAGCCUUUGGUGCAUAAAAGCUUAGCGGACAUACUUGGGCUUAAAAAGAAGGUGGAAGACCGGCCAAAAGUUCCAGUGGUGAUCGAUCCAAAGAUCGCCAAAAUUCUACGUCCGCAUCAAGUGGAAGGAGUGAAGUUUCUUUACCGAUGCACUACUGGCAUGAUUGAUAAAGAUGCCAACGGCUGUAUUAUGGCAGAUGGAAUGGGACUGGGCAAAACACUUCAAUGUAUCUCGUUGAUGUGGACGCUUCUCAAACAAUCCCCUGAAGCAGGGAAGACAACUAUCCAAAAGUGCAUUAUCGCCUGCCCAUCGAGUUUGGUCGGAAAUUGGGCCAACGAACUUGGGAAAUGGCUUGGGAAGGGUACUAUCACACCCUUUGCGGUGGAUGGGAAGGUUUCGAAGACAGAACUUACGACCCAAUUAAGGCAAUGGGCAAUUGCUUCUGGCCGCUCCGUUGUCAGGCCCGUCCUUAUUGUUUCUUAUGAGACUCUACGUAUGUAUGUCGAGACGUUGAAGGACAGCCCGAUUGGUUUACUUCUAUGUGAUGAGGGCCACAGAUUGAAAAAUAAAGAGAGCUUGACCUGGAUGGCGCUCAACAGUCUAAACGUCCAGCGUCGGGUCAUUUUAUCAGGAACCCCAAUCCAAAAUGACCUGUCGGAGUAUUUCGCUCUCCUCAAUUUUGCAAACCCAGACUUGCUUGGAUCACAGAACGAAUUCCGCAAACGAUUUGAGAUACCUAUUCUCAAAGGAAGAGAUGCGGCUGGAACGGAGGAAGAUCGCAAGAAGGGCGACGAACGUCUCGCAGAACUAUCCGGUAUUGUUAACAAAUUUAUCAUUCGUCGCACAAACGAUAUUUUGUCGAAGUACUUGCCAGUCAAGUACGAACACGUUGUUUUCUGCAACUUAUCCCAGUUUCAACUCGACCUUUAUAAGCAUUUCAUCGAGAGCCCCGAGAUCAAGAGUUUGCUUAGAGGCAAAGGAAGUCAGCCUCUCAAAGCAAUUGGUUUACUGAAAAAACUGUGCAAUCAUCCCGAUCUGCUCAACCUUUCCAAUGAUCUUCCUGGGUGUGAGCACGCUUUCCCAGACGACUAUGUCCCUCCCGACGGUAGGGGACGUGAUAGAGAUGUUAGAUCCUGGUAUUCGGGGAAGAUGAUGGUUCUUGACCGGAUGCUUGCACGCAUUCGCCAGGAUACGAAUGACAAGAUUGUUCUCAUUAGCAACUACACGCAAACGCUCGAUCUCUUUGAGAAGCUGUGCAGAUCAAGAGCAUAUGGUUGUUUGAGGCUUGACGGCACUAUGAACAUUAAUAAGCGGCAAAAGCUGGUUGACAAGUUCAAUGACCCAGACGGUGAAGAGUUUGUGUUCCUCCUUAGCAGCAAAGCUGGUGGGUGUGGAUUGAAUUUGAUAGGUGCAAAUCGACUCGUGCUGUUCGAUCCAGAUUGGAAUCCAGCAGCCGACCAGCAAGCCCUGGCUCGAGUCUGGCGUGAUGGCCAGAAGAAAGAUUGCUUUGUGUACCGCUUCAUUGCGGCGGGAUCCAUUGAGGAGAAGAUCUUCCAGCGUCAAUCACAUAAACAGUCCCUUUCUUCCUGUGUUGUCGACUCAGCCGAGGAUGUAGAAAGACACUUCUCCCUGGAGUCACUUCGUGAACUGUUCCAAUUUAAGCCUGAAACACGCAGCGACACACAUGACACAUUCAAAUGCAAGAGAUGCCGACCCGACGGGACGCAGUAUAUCAAGGCCCCAGCCAUGUUGUAUGGCGACACAAGUUCUUGGAACCAUUUUGUGAACGAUGGAGAGAAGGGCCUGCUCAGCAAGAUCCAGGACUUGCUGAUUCGGCAAGAGACGCAAGAAAAAGAUGUCUCCGCGGUAUUUCAAUAUAUCAGUCACUGAGCACAGAAUGAUGAAGUAUUUGGGCUUUUUUUAUAUCCCUAUAUAUGUUUUGACGAUUGCAUUGAUUAUUGGAACAGCGAGUGGUCUUCCUCCCAUAGAGCCGGUCUGGACCCGAGAAGAGCGCUUAAUUAGGAGUAUAUUUUGAUAUUGAAUUAC